GCCCGGGAUCCCGGGAGCUGUCCGGCCGCCUCGGUGCUGAUCCCGCCGCCGCCCACGGGCCGUGAGCAGCGCUGAGAGGGCAUUAUGAGCGGGGGCGUCUACGGCGGAGAUGAGGUGGGGGCGCUGGUCUUUGACAUUGGCUCCUUCUCAGUCCGCGCUGGGUACGCUGGGGAGGACUGCCCGAAGGCUGACUUCCCCACCACGGUGGGGCUGCUGGCCGCGGAGGAGGGGGGCGGGCUGGAGUUGGAGGGGGAGAAAGAGAAGAAAGGGAAGAUCUUCCACAUCGACACCAACGCCCUGCAUGUGCCUCGGGAUGGAGCGGAGGUCAUGUCGCCCCUCAAGAAUGGCAUGAUUGAGGACUGGGAGUGCUUCCGUGCCAUCCUGGAUCACACCUACAGUAAACACGUCAAGUCUGAGCCAAAUCUGCACCCAGUACUCAUGUCCGAGGCCCCGUGGAACACACGGGCCAAGCGGGAGAAGCUGACAGAGCUGAUGUUCGAGCAAUACAACAUUCCUGCCUUCUUCUUAUGCAAGACGGCUGUGCUCACCGCCUUUGCAAAUGGACGUUCCACGGGCCUGGUUCUGGACAGUGGGGCCACCCACACCACGGCCAUCCCAGUGCAUGACGGCUAUGUCCUACAGCAAGGUAUUGUCAAGUCACCUCUGGCAGGAGACUUCAUCUCCAUGCAGUGCCGGGAGCUCUUCCAGGAAAUGGCCAUUGACAUCAUCCCACCUUACAUGAUUGCAGCCAAGCUUCCUCUGACCGGGGACUUUCAGAUCAGCUGUACCUGCUGCAUGAGUGCCAGACAUGGGAACAGGCUCUCCCUGUUCUCUCUCUUCUGCCAUCUUUUGUGGGCAACAGAGGAAAGAACCCAGUGCCUGUUUGGUGCAGGAGCACAGGAACCUGUACGGGAAGGUGCCCCUCCAAAUUGGAAGAAGAAGGAGAAGCUACCCCAGGUUUCCAAGUCCUGGCAUAACUACAUGUGCAAUGAGGUGAUCCAGGACUUCCAGGCCUCUGUGCUGCAGGUCUCAGACUCUCCCUACGAUGAGCAGGUGGCUGCACAAAUGCCCACAGUGCACUACGAGAUGCCCAAUGGCUACAACACAGACUACGGUGCUGAGCGGCUCCGCAUCCCUGAGGGCCUGUUUGAUCCCUCCAAUGUCAAGGGCCUGUCGGGGAACACCAUGCUAGGUGUGGGCCACGUGGUGACCACCAGCAUUGGCAUGUGUGACAUCGACAUUCGCCCGGGCUUGUAUGGCAGUGUCAUUGUCACCGGCGGGAACACACUGCUCCAGGGCUUCACUGACAGGCUCAAUCGAGAGCUUUCCCAGAAGACCCCACCGAGCAUGCGACUGAAGCUCAUUGCCAGCAACAGCACCAUGGAGCGCAAGUUCAGCCCCUGGAUUGGGGGUUCCAUCUUGGCCUCACUGGGCACUUUCCAGCAGAUGUGGAUCUCCAAGCAGGAGUAUGAGGAGGGAGGGAAGCAGUGCGUGGAGCGGAAGUGCCCCUGAGGACGCCCGCUCAACACCCACUCUCCCGCCCGCAGCUGUGGAAAAGGGGACGCGAAAAGGCGAGGAGAGGGUUUCCCGGCUCGGCUUCCGCAAAGCGCACAACGAAGCCCCCACCCCCAUGCCCUCGUCUCUUUCCCUCCUUUCUCGUCCGCUUAGAUUGUGAUGUUUCUGGGUUGAAAGGAGUAAAAAUGUUUUAAGAAA